AUGGAGGACAACUAUAGUCUAAAUAGGCAGAGGAGUGGAAUAUGGAGAUGUUUGAGAGAUGGAGACUUUGAAGAAGAGGAAGUUUGGGCUGUUUUCAAGGACAGACAUGAUUACAAUAUUUCUGGUGUCCACAAGCCAAAGGAAAAAGUGUCUUCCCCUCUUGCUGUUCCUAGGACUCUUCCAAGUGCUGCAAGGAUGAUCCCAAGGACAAGUAGUGGCAAUAGUAGUGCUAGUUCCUCUCAUGAAACCAAGGUUCUUCAGCAAUCAGCACCUCUCAACAUUCCUGACUGGUCACAGAUUUAUAGGAACAAGCCAAAUCAGACCCCCAAGAGUGUUUCAAGGUUUGGUGACUAUGCUGAUUACUACCAUUCUGCUGAUGGUGAAGGUGAUGGUGAUGGUGUUAUCAAUGACGGUGGAGGGUAUAGUGACGAUGAGGAAGAAGAGGAUGAGUAUGACACAAAGCUUCCCCCACAUGAGUUUAUUGCAAGAAGGCUAGCAAGGAGUCAAAUAUCCUCAUUUUCAGUUUUUGAAGGUGUUGGAAGGACUCUGAAGGGUAGGGAUCUUAGCAAAGUGAGGAAUGCUGUUCUCACAAAAACUGGUUUCCUUGAAUCAUUGUAA